ACCUAAAAUUGAGAAAUUGAGGGAGUAUUUAUCUGAAAUCAUAUACUAUUUUAAUAUUAGUUGUUCGGUGAUAUGCAGAAACAGGAAGACGUCCCACAAAUACACUUCCCCGACUGGCACUAGUUGUUUUGGACUUGUUCACCUGUGGCCAAGGUGCACGGAAUUGAAUGACAAUAGAAUGAAGCUUGAAGUUACAUCUAGAACCGAAUAUAUUAUACUUCAGCACCAAAAAGAGAAAAAGAACCACUAAUCAAUCCUGUUCGGUGCAUGCUCUCCCGUAACCAGAGCACUUAAAGUCUUAAACCCCCCGAGAUAUUAGCGGUAGUUCCACGCUCCUACCAGAAACACAAUAAGAAAAGGAAAAGAAUACACGUCACGUACACCAGCACAUCUAACCCAGUCCCAGUUCAUAUAUAUAUCACAUUCAUGUCCAAUGCAUUCCUGAAUCACAGUUAAAUCUUAAUCCUACCACUAAUCCUAUGCAAAAAGAAAAAAAAAACAUGAGGAAUCCAAGCCAAAUGCUGCGACUGCUGCUGCUGCGGGUGGCAAUCCUCGCCGCCGUUCUCGCGACACCGUCGCUGGGCCGAGUGAUAGGGGGCAGCAAGUGCAAGUGCCUCAUGUGCGUCUGCGACGUGGACCCGCACCCGCUCCCGCCGUCGCGCCACCACCCGCCGCCGCCGGAGGAGCCGGAGCCGGAGCCGACGCCGGUGAACCACCACUACCCUCCGCCGACGACGCCCGCGUACUCCCUCCCGCCGCCGGCGCAGCCGUACGGGCAGUACCCGUACCCGUACCCGUCGCAGGGGCAGGCCGGGGCGGCGUACUGGCCGCCGUCGACGCCGGCGGAGAUGUACCCGCAGGUCAGGGGGUACAUCCGGUCCGCCGCCGCUCACCGUCGGCGUCCCGGCCACGGCGGGCUCUCGUCGCGCUUGGUCGUCGUCUCCGUCUUGCUCGUGUCCGGCCUAAUGCCACUGCUCGUGUAGUCGUGUGAUCGUGUCUCCUGUGUUUUCGUUUAGUACGGCCGGGCCGACCGCGCCGAAGUUUCGCGGCCUGCGACUUUGCGACCGCAGCAUAUGUUGCGGCUGUCACGUUUACUGAUUUGGCAUGUAAAUAAGAUUACAACUGUAUCGCGUCAACACGUUUCAAGUUCCAUUAUACGUGAGAAAAUUUAAGGCUUGUUUACCUUAUAGGCAUUUUCAACUUUUCAAAAAUUUUAACAAUCCCCAAAACUUGAUAAGAUUACAAACUAAACAUAUCAUUACAGUACAACUUCACCAAAAUUUGAUAAUUUCAUAACCUUCUUCUACUCUCAAAACUUUUACCGAAAUUUUGAAAAACAUCAAACCAAACAUGGCCAAACCUUAUUGUUAAUGCUAAAAUUUGGCGUUACGAAAAAUUAGGAGGUAUAUUUUAGCAA